CAAUUUUUCCCUGCUCUCCAAACCACCUUAAAACAUACCCACCUAUUCUUUCUCAACAAGUUUUCAACGCUAUACUUUGUGAAGUAGAGCUGAUAGAGGUGAAAAAACAGCUGGAUACUGAGCAAUGCCUAGGACGAAGGACGCAAUUGACCGAUCAGCCGAAUACUUGCGGUUUAUUCGGGAUCUCGAAGUCUUUCACGAACGACAUGGAACAACACUACAAGCUGAGCCUGUUUUAGGUGGGCAAAAGCUAGACCUACUCAAACUAUACAAGGAAGUAAUGGCUUCCGGAGGGUACCAACAGGUUACUCAAGAUCGUAUCUGGAAGCUCCUCGGCGAAAGUUUUGAGUUCAAAUCGACUUGCACCAACAGCGCCUAUGUCCUCAAAUCAGUGUACAAGAAGAAUCUACUUGGAUGGGAAAAGACAAAGGUGUGGGGACAAGAAUGGAAUCCUUCCAUGGCCGAUGAGCCAAAGACUGCUGCCAAGACAAAUAGCAAAGGUAAAGAAAAGGCUCGUCCGCCUUACACAAUCCCCAAGCAAAAAGAGCGCAGAAAGAACUCCAAAGGCAGUGACCUAAGUCCCAACUCAGCAGAGCCUACCAUUUUACCCAUCGCCCCUGUGCGUCGACCGACUUCAUUUCUCUCAGACAAGGAUACGUAUAACCUUUCGUCAGCCGAAAACAUGGAAAAUCUGGAUGCUUUUCUCAAUCAGCUAUCUUCCAUGCUUGAUGCUGCCGGUCAACCUCCAACCGUUGAGAAGCUAGUCAGUCCCUUAGAUAAAGUUGGAGAUCCAAAAGAGCAACUCUCGAUGAUAUGUAAUAUGCUGGUAUCCCGAAAGCCUGCAGACGUUCAAUCGGCCAUGGUCUACCUUUUAAAGCUGUCUUUCGAAUUGCCAGAAAAUGUUACCAACGACUAUCUCGCGGCCAUCGUACAUGCUCUGAUUCCAUUUGCUCAACCGGUAUUUUCAGAUCCGAAGUUGCGACCACAUCAGACGGAUUUGUUGGACAAUGAUGCCGAUACCAUGGAUUUUCAACAAGAUACAGACUCGAACGCAGCACCAGUUGACCUUGCACUAGCGUUUGAUGCUUUUCGCAUUUUGCGUAAUCUGUCUUUUGUCGACUCAGAUGCAGAAUUCAUGGCAUCUAAUACCAUUAUUCGGAAAAUGGUCGUUGCUGGACUCCUGCUACCAACAAACACUAAAUAUGUCGAACUUACACAGCAUUCAUUGGAUAUUCUCGACAAUAUUUCCAGCUAUGUCACAUUAUCACAACACGACGACUAUGCCACCAAUCUGUUGAAACUACUUUUUUCCAACGAUCGAGAAAUCAUCAUUGGUGUCUUGAAGGCACUGACAUACCUAGCUAUCCAAAAAACCGAUCAUUAUCCAUUCUUGUUUGAUCAUACUGAUCAUGUCAAGCGAUUGAUUCAGCUCCUCCUCAUUGAUGAUGAAGACCUCGUCACAAGAACCCUUGAAUUUUUUUACGUGUAUACUUCAGCGUGGCCAGAAUUUACCACUCAGCUACUUCAUAUGUACCCUGGUAACGGCAUAAGCUUACUGACAAGUUUUCUGACCUACGACUCUUCCAAACCAACUCCUCCUGAGCGAUCUUACCCAGCAUCAGCUCAGCCUGCCACUGACCUUUGUCAAGAUCGUGGCUGUAACAUUCCCAGUCUCACCCAUUAUCAGGAUAUGGAUGAGCCGUACCGAUGCCUUGGAUGGCUCAAGCAGAAAUUUGAGGUAGCCGAUUCAGAAUCCAACCUCUCUUUGGACGAUCUUUAUCUGUUGUACGAAACUCGGUUCGGCAUGGAACGGCCGCUUGACCUGACCAAGUUCCUUGUGGUGUUCAAGAUCGCCUAUCCCGAACUCACUGUGACUGGUGGAGACCUAUCGACAGCCGCCCCCGAACAAAUUGUUGUUCAUGGAAUUCAAAUCAAAAUGGCGAUCUUGGAAGAUUCUGACGAAUUUACUUGCAAGUGGUCCAACUGCGCACAGACCUUCCCUAACGAACUCCACUUGCAGCACCACGUUUUCAGCGACCACGUACCGCCAUGUACCAGAAGUGAACCGUACCAAUGCCAUUGGAUGGAGUGCUCAGAUAUCCCAGACGGUGAAUCGAAUACGCGUGAUUCUAUCGCCUCUCACCUCGGCACUCACUUUUUCGAACACCUUUGCGAGCACCACCAUGAUCAUGAGCAUCAUGGCAUUCCUCUUGCCACCGCAUUACUUUUGCACAACUUUGCACGACACAAAGGGAACUCUCCGUAUUUUGAGCCAUAUACCUGCCGUCUAAAGGGUAUGUUGGACAACAAACCUCACUUGGCCGGUAUCAUUCAAAACAUAUUGCAAGAACUGGAAACUUGACUGAAUCACUUUGCGUAUAUAUAAGACCCCCAUCCUUUUUGUAACAUAUUUUUAAUUUUAAAUACAACCCAUUUCACCAAUGGUUGAAUGGGAUAGCUCAACCAUGAGAGACCAAUGGAAAAAAUUUAUUAACCAGG